UUAAGUGCAGUUUUAAAAAUCUUCCACUUUGAAGCAGAUCAAAGAAUUGAAGAGCAAAAGUUUUCAGUAAAAUUAGUGUCUUGUGAAAUCAAGUGUCCUACUAGUCAGAGGGUAAAUCGCAAAGUGAAAUCUUGAAAAAGUGCACUGUUCAAUCUGAAACACCCUAAAAAAUCUCCCCCCAAAAAGAGCCAAACCUAAACAGAAGAAGAACCUGCCUCACCUGCCGUGUGGCCAACCCGGUGAUCGACCAUGGCGCGAGUACUGCAUAACGUGGUGGGGCUGAUAGGACUGCUAGCCAUCACAGUGCCAUUUGCCAGCGGGAUCCGCGUGUACUGGAACACGAACACCGGUCCGAUCGUGCCCCCCACGUCAACGCCCGCCCCGGUGCCCCAGCCACCCUUCCGGGAUCCGGCACCGGUGUGGGAGGACCAACGGGACGACGUGCCCAACCCCAAUCCCUACGUCUACAUCCUGCCCCCACCAUCCCGGCCCAAAUACAACGACAUCACUGCGCAACGCAAGCAGAACCAACAGGUGUACUCCACCGCAGCUCCGUCCCAGCCAAGCCCAACGACUCCGGCGCCAGUGACUCCAUCCGUCAACCAGACUCCAACGCAGGCACCCAACACUGGACGCAUCAUCGAACGACCCGUUCAAAACCAGAACAACCUCAGUCAGAACCAGCAGCAGCAGCAGCAGCAAUUAGUUCCUAGCUUAGCCGUCCAGUACGUGCCCAACCAGGGCCUGAAGUACUACGCCGUGGUGCCGGUCGUCCAGAACGGACUGGGAGGAGGAGCACCGGCACCGGGCAAGAGCGCUUACCUUAAGACGAACGAUGCCCAGCUGGGCAAGGAGUACGAGCGGUACCCGGAGAAACCCAACGGAAGGUACAACGCCAAGCUGAAGAAGUACAAGGCGUACGAAAAGGUGAAAUAUGUGCCGUACUACGUGUACUUUGAUGGAGCGAAGCAGCAAUACAUCUUGUCCAGUGUGGCGCCCAAAACGGCGUUGCCGACCAAGACCGCAUAAAUUGGACGCAGAGACCCACCAUCAAGAGGGGGGUUAUCAAACCAGCUUCAUGGACAGUAGCAUUUAUAGGAGGAGGAUGUGGUGUAAGUGGAAGAGGAAGACAGUGGACAAAAUGUGACGAAAUGAAAAUCAAACAAGUGAAUCUCGAAUGCAAAAUUUAAACCAUGUUUUGUGUGUUGAAGAGGAAAAAUGGGAAUUUCAACAGAAAGUGUUUUGAGGAAAAAAUGACGAAACUUUGAAAAACUGAAUCCAUUUAUUAGACGUUUAAGAUUUUUCAGAAUAUAUACAGUGAAAGAAGAACGAUGAAAAAUGACAGUGGAUCAGACAACGAGUGAAAUGUGGUAGGAAAGUGCCGAACCAGUGUAAAUUAGGUUAACAAAAAACAACUGUAAAUAAAUGAAAUCAAUAAAUUA